GCAGGCGCUGCCUGGAAGUGACUUCUCCAAAAAGUGUCUUAGUUCGCGGUCACCUGAGCUGAGGGCAACUCCGCCGCGGCAGGGUUCGUGGAUACCCGCCCUCCGCGGGUCCUGUCUGGAGACCCCGCCCUCUUCUCUCGCCCAUCCGCUCCGCCAUCCCGAGCCCUCCAAAGGCCUGUCCUUUCCCUCCGGUCCUUUCCCAGUCGCGGGCCGGACCGGGCCGAGCCGGGCUGCCCGGGCGCGGUCCCUGACCAUGGCGUCCCUCUUCAAGAAGAAAACCGUGGAUGAUGUAAUAAAGGAACAGAAUCGAGAGUUACGAGGUACACAGAGGGCUAUAAUCAGAGAUCGAGCAGCUUUAGAGAAACAAGAAAAACAGCUGGAAUUAGAAAUUAAGAAAAUGGCCAAGAUUGGUAAUAAAGAAGCUUGCAGAGUUUUAGCCAAACAGCUUGUACAUCUAAGGAAACAGAAAACAAGAACUUUUGCUGUAAGUUCAAAAGUCACGUCUAUGUCCACACAAACAAAAGUGAUGAACUCCCAGAUGAAAAUGGCAGGAGCAAUGUCUACCACAGCAAAAACAAUGCAGGCAGUUAACAAGAAGAUGGAUCCACAAAAGACAUUACAAACAAUGCAGAAUUUCCAGAAGGAAAACAUGAAAAUGGAAAUGACUGAAGAAAUGAUCAAUGACACACUUGAUGACAUCUUUGAUGGCUCUGAUGAUGAAGAAGAAAGCCAAGAUAUUGUGAAUCAAGUUCUUGAUGAAAUUGGAAUUGAAAUCUCUGGAAAGAUGGCCAAAGCUCCAUCAGCAGCCCGAAGCUUACCGUCUGCCUCUACUUCAAAGGCUACAAUCUCCGAUGAAGAGAUUGAACGGCAACUCAAAGCUUUAGGAGUAGAUUAAUCAAAAAAGCCAUUAUAUUUUGCCUAUUAUAAUUAUUUAGUAUAAACCAGGCACAGUGCAGAUUUCUUUUACAAAACGCAUUUAUUUUGCAAAAAUGAAGACCAUGAGUAAACAGUUGUUUCCUAACCCAUGGCUGUUUUGAAUCUUUUGCCAAAGAAUGACAAUGAUGCAAAAAUGGGAACAGUUUGGAUUUUAAUUAAAACUGUUUAGGAGUGAUGGUGUGUAAAAUGUUGACUUCUGCAUGGCAUAGAGAAAUUAUAUUCAUUACUUAGUGUAGUUUAUGUUCUAAAUCUUUUUCACUGAAUACAAAUCUUGUUAAAGCCACUAGGCACCAGCUUAAAGAGACCUGUAAAAAUAUUAAACAUAUAUCAUUAAUUCUGUA